AUGGCAGCUUUCAUCGUGGACCACGACCUUCAAAAGCCCAACUUGAAGCAUUUCUGUAAAAUCUGCAAAAAAGGAUUUGGGUGUGGGAGAGCCUUGGGCGGUCACAUGAGGGCUCACGGCAUAGCCGAUGAUUCCACCUCUCCCCCUACUAUUGACGACGAUGAUCCUGUCUCUACCGAUUGGGACGACACUCAUCAUAAUAAAUCCAAUCUGGGUCCCACCAAUCGUCGUAUGUACGCCCUACGAACCAACCCAAAUCGUCUUAAAACUUGCCGCGUGUGCGAGAAUUGUGGCAAGGAAUUCUUCUCUUGGAAAUCCUUUCUUGAACAUGGCAAAUGCACCACCACCUCUGAUGACCUUGACUCUCUUCUUUCUUCCCCGCCUUGCUCCGAUGACGAUGAUGACGACGAUGAUGAUGAUGAUGAUGAAUGUAGCGGUGCCGUGCGGAGAGGUUCGGGUAAUCAUAGUAAUAAUAAUUGGUUGAAGAGGAAACGAUCGUUGAGAGUGAAAGUUGGGUCUCCGGCUUCUAAUGAAGAUGAGGACCUGGCUAAUUGUCUUAUUAUGUUGUCGAAUGGCGCGGUGGAGCCCAUGUUUGAGGAGGACGAGGCGGAGGUAGAGGUAGAGGCCGAGGCCGAGGAAUCCUGCGCUUCCGCUAGUAAGGAAGAUCAUCAUCUUAUUCUCCACCACAAUAAUAUUAGAAAACCCAUAAAUGUCAUACCGCCACUCUCCUAUAGACUUCCGGAUCAAGACAAGCCAAAAGCAGCUGCGCCUAAGGGUAUGUUCGAAUGCAAAGCGUGUAAGAAAGUAUUCAACUCGCACCAAGCCCUCGGAGGCCAUCGGGCUAGCCACAAGAAGGUCAAGGGCUGCUUUGCCGCACGCCUUGACCAUAUGGAGCUCGACCCACGUGAAAACGAUGACUUAUUCGAGGAUUCAUUUUUUCCUACUAAACCCAACAAUAAUUCAUACGAAUUGGGGAGUUCCACCAUGGCUUCCAGUUCUAAGAGGAAAACCAAAGUACAUGAAUGUUCAAUUUGUCAUAGGAUUUUUUCUUCCGGUCAGGCAUUGGGUGGCCACAAGCGAUGCCAUUGGAUUACCUCUAAUGCAGCCGCGGAAGCCCCACCUCCACCUUCUAUUGCAAAGAUUCAUCAAUUUCAUGAACACAGGGUGCCUCCUCCUCCCUUUGAUUCAAAUUCAACUGUUGUCCUCCCGCUCGACCUUAAGCUUGAUCUCAACCUACCAGCUCUGGCCGACGAGGUUCGCCGACCAGCGUUCGAGGUUUCAACGGAGAUUUACUUACAAUCGUGGAUUUGUAAAAACAAUAAGGUGGAUGAAAAUGACCCACGAGAACAAGGACGACGGCGACAACAACAACACCACCACCACCAGAGCGACAAUGAAAACAAAGUCGUCGUAAAAAAUGAAGAAGAAAACAAUUGCGUCAAGAAUAAUAGUGGGACUUGGUUCAACAACGCCUGA